UCUUACUCCUCCCCUCACUCGCCACGAGUUCCACGAUUCGCGGUGUAGCUCCGCCCCUGUCCCCGAGUCCGCCCCCGCGACCUCCCGAGCUUGUGCUUUCCUUUCCCCUCAGUCUCCUGCCGUCCAGCGGCCCUGGGUCUCGCGCUCCGCAAAGCGACAGGAGUCUCUCCCGCCUCGUUCCUACGCCUCCGCGCGCUCUCCCUCAGCAGCCACCGCGUAACCCACCCGCAGCUCGCUGUCUCGGACCCGGACUCGGGGUUGCGCGCCCUGACUCCGCCUACUUUCCCCCUCGGACUCGCGCCCUCGGGGCCCGGCCUCUCACUCGCGCAGGCCGCCGAGCGCUCGCCUCGCACUUGCCUCGCGCUUCCCAGGCGCUCUCGCGCUUUCCGAGGCGAGCGCGCUCCCGGCCCGCGCGCUCCGGGCUCUGGCUUUUCCCGGCUCCCGUCAGUGCGGUGACUGCGCUGGGAAACAUGGCGACCGAGGGAAUGAUCCUAACUAACCACGACCAUCAAAUCCGGGUCGGAGUCCUCACAGUGAGUGAUAGUUGCUUCAGGAAUCUUGCAGAAGAUCGCAGUGGGAUAAAUCUCAAAGAUCUUGUACAAGAUCCUUCUUUGUUGGGUGGGACUAUAUCAGCAUACAAGAUAGUACCAGAUGAAAUAGAAGAAAUCAAGGAAACCCUGAUAGAUUGGUGUGAUGAAAAGGAACUUAAUUUGAUACUAACAACUGGAGGAACAGGGUUUGCACCACGAGAUGUCACUCCAGAGAAAUUAUCUAAACUGAGGAAGAUUGAACUGGUCCAGAAGGUAAUCCUGCAUUUGCUCAGUGGUCUGUGGUAUCGGCUGAAUUUCAGGCAUAUUGCCAAAGCCACAAAAGAAGUAAUAGAACGAGAAGCGCCAGGGAUGGCCCUGGCAAUGCUGAUGGGAUCACUUAAUGUUACACCUCUGGGCAUGCUCUCUAGGCCUGUAUGUGGAAUCAGAGGGAAAACUCUGAUAAUUAACUUGCCAGGUAGCAAGAAAGGAUCUCAGGAAUGCUUUCAGUUCAUACUGCCAGCCCUACCUCAUGCCAUUGACCUUUUACGUGAUGCCAUUGUAAAAGUAAAAGAAGUGCAUGAUGAACUUGAAGAUUUACCUUCCCCACCACCACCUCUUUCCCCUCCUCCCACAACUAGCCCCCAUAAACAGACAGAAGACAAAGGGGUUCAAUGUGAAGAAGAGGAAGAAGAGAAGAAAGACAGUGGUGUUGCUUCAACAGAAGAUAGUUCUUCAUCACAUAUAACUGCAGCAGCCAUUGCGGCCAAGAAGCAUCCAUUCUACACCAGUCCUGCUGUUAUCAUGGCACACGGUGAGCAGCCCAUCCCUGGUCUCAUCAGUUAUUCCCAUGAUGCAACAGGCAGUGCAGAGGAACCGAUUCCAGACUCCAUCAUUUCUCGUGGCGUUCAGGUGCUCCCACGAGACACAGCCUCCCUCAGCACUACUCCUUCAGAAUCUCCUCGUGCUCAGGCUACAUCUCGCCUAUCUACAGCUUCCUGCCCAACACCAAAACAAAUUAGACGGCCGGAUGAAAGCAAAGGAGUUGCUAGUAGAGUUGGAUCCCUCAAAGUCCAGUCCAGGUGCAGCAGCAAGGAGAACAUUCUCAGAGCCAGUCACAGUGCUGUUGAUAUCACCAAGGUGGCUAGAAGACACCGCAUGUCUCCUUUUCCUCUAACAUCUAUGGACAAAGCCUUUAUCACAGUCCUGGAGAUGACUCCGGUGCUUGGGACAGAAAUCAUCAACUACCGAGAUGGAAUGGGGCGAGUCCUUGCUCAAGAUGUAUAUGCAAAAGACAACCUACCCCCGUUCCCAGCAUCAGUAAAAGAUGGCUAUGCUGUCCGAGCUGCCGAUGGCCCAGGAGAUCGUUUCAUCAUUGGGGAAUCCCAAGCUGGUGAACAGCCGACUCAGACAGUAAUGCCAGGACAAGUCAUGCGGGUUACAACAGGUGCUCCAAUCCCCUGUGGUGCUGAUGCAGUAGUACAAGUGGAAGAUACUGAACUGAUCAGGGAAUCUGAUGAUGGCACUGAGGAGCUUGAAGUACGAAUUCUGGUGCAAGCUCGGCCAGGCCAAGAUAUCAGACCCAUUGGCCAUGACAUUAAAAGAGGGGAAUGUGUUUUGGCCAAAGGAACCCACAUGGGCCCCUCAGAGAUUGGUCUUCUGGCAACUGUAGGUGUCACAGAGGUUGAAGUUAAUAAGUUUCCAGUGGUUGCAGUCAUGUCAACAGGGAAUGAGCUGCUAAAUCCUGAAGAUGACCUCUUACCAGGAAAGAUUCGAGACAGCAAUCGUUCAACCCUCUUAGCAACAAUUCAGGAACAUGGUUACCCCACAAUCAACUUGGGAAUUGUGGGAGACAACCCAGAUGACUUACUCAAUGCCUUGAAUGAGGGUAUCAGUCGUGCUGAUGUCAUCAUCACAUCAGGGGGUGUGUCCAUGGGGGAAAAGGACUAUCUCAAGCAGGUGCUGGACAUUGAUCUUCAUGCCCAGAUCCAUUUUGGCAGGGUUUUUAUGAAACCAGGCCUGCCAACGACAUUUGCAACUUUGGAUAUUGAUGGUGUAAGAAAAAUAAUCUUUGCACUACCAGGGAAUCCUGUGUCAGCCGUGGUCACCUGCAAUCUCUUUGUUGUGCCUGCACUGAGAAAGAUGCAAGGCAUCUUGGAUCCUCGGCCAACCAUCAUCAAAGCCAGGUUAUCAUGUGAUGUAAAACUGGAUCCUCGCCCAGAAUACCAUCGGUGUAUACUGACUUGGCAUCACCAAGAACCACUACCUUGGGCACAGAGUACAGGUAAUCAGAUGAGCAGCCGUCUGAUGAGCAUGCGCAGCGCCAACGGAUUAUUGAUGCUUCCUCCAAAGACAGAGCAGUACGUGGAGCUCCACAAGGGCGAGGUGGUGGACGUCAUGGUCAUUGGACGGCUAUGAUGGUCACCAGCGGGAGAAAGCUUUGAUGCAUGUCUACAUACCAUUGACUGUAUCCUGUAAUAUGCAACGGCACAGCUAGUUUUUCUGAUUUGGAUAAAAGUUGAUCUGUAUGGUCAACAUCUUGAACUAUAUUUCAAAAGAAUUUAAAUACCUUUUAAAGAAAAAAACACCUAAAAAUAAAUCUUAACAGACAACUCUAUUCUGAUUAUAUCAAAGCAAAUUUUUCCUUUCUUGCAAAUUGCUUUGUGUGUUCAAUGCUAGGUCUGAUAGCGAUAGCUUUUAGUAGACAGCAGUAGGUGCCUGCAGAACUUGUGUUUUUCUCAUCUUUAAAAUACAACUACUUAUGCUCUUAAAUCAAGGCUGUCUGCUUAUUUAUACUAGCGUAGGCAACACUUGGAUUUCCCUUCUUAGUAUGCUUCAUAACCACUUUACAGAGAGCUUUUGCUUGUUCUUUAUCAUGUAUCUCGUGUUUAUGUGCACAGUGCCAAACAAAGAGUGACUGGGUGGUGGCCCUGCCCUGCCUCAAGGAGAACCAUCCCCGCAGAGCGUUCGGGGGUGGGGGGGCCUCGCAUCCCAGUAGCCUCAUGGCACAGUACUCUUGGGCAGUAACUGGAUACCUUUUAUUUGAACAAACAAACUGGGGGGAAAAAAUGCUUCCUUAAGUGCUGACAGCCUUUUUAACCAAUACAUUUAAAAUUGUACAGAAUAAAAAAUAAAAUCAAAGACUGAUCUUGUACAGAUAUUAGUGUUACCAGCAUUCAUGUGGAAAUCAAGAGCAAAGAAAAAACAAUGUUAAACAACUCUGUACCAUAACAUUUUCUGUAAUGAUACUGAAACUUAAUGAAUAAAAAAAAUCCUCGAUCAUUAUUUAAAA